AUGGAAAACGACAUAUUAGACUCUUUAAACGAUUUGGGUUACGAAGGUCCUUUAUCAGAUGAGGUGGCUUUUGCCAAAGCUCUAGACGGUGGCCACAAGUCUCUGGAAUUCACCAAACUUGUUCACAUACUUGCGGAAGAGCUUAAGAAACUAUGUAACCUAGAGGAAACUGUCAACAUGAUGAAUGAUCCUGAUGAGUCCAGUGCUUUCCUGCUUGAGUUGAGCUCUUUUUUAAAGGAAUUAGGUUGUCCUUACAGAAAAUUAAUCACAGGUCAUAUGUCAUCACGGCUGCAAACUAGAGAAGACCGUAUACUCUUACUUGACUAUUUAAUAUCUGAAUUGAUGGCAGCUAGGAUGGUCAGUAUAGACUGUCCUAAAGAGAAGCAGGGAUCUGCCAUGGAAAUAAUAAUGCAAGAAUCCCCCACUGCUAAAGACCUUAAAGAAAUCCUGAUAGCACUAAAGUUCAACAAGCCACCGCCAAACAUUACACCAGAGAUAUUGUUCACAAAACUGGAAGCCAAGUUAAAGGACACCAUUCAAAAAGAAGGUGAACAAUUAGUCGGCAAGCCACUGUACAAUAAAGCAUUAUCUCAGAAAGAUUGGAAACAGCUAGAGAAUACAUUUACUGAGAUGUAUGAAGAGUACAGACUAAGAAGAGAGACUCUUAUUACUAGGUUGGAAUGCACAAUUCAGAGUUUUGAGUGGUCAGACCGUCUUAAAGGGAAGAAAGACCAAAUACAGUCAACAUAUAGACCUAAACGAGAACAAAUGAAAGUAAAACCUGACAUAAAGCUAUCUGACUUUUUAGCAGCUAGAACUUCCUUAUUGCAUGUUGACAAAACUUCCAGUGCCAAUGUCAGGAAGAACACGCAGUCGGAAGUCAACAAAGUUAUGAUUGGAAGGGUACCAGACAGAGGGGGACGUCCCAACGAGCAACAGCCCCCGCCACCAGAAAUGCCUUCCUGGCAGCAAAGAUCUACACCGCAGGGUGGUGGACGUGGUGGUGGUCAGGGAGGUCAGAGAGGCCGCGACAGCAGCGCGGGCCGCGGCGGCGGCGCCAGCCAGCGUGGCGGCGCGCGUGGCGGCGGCGGCGGGGGCAGGGUCCAGGGCGGCUACAACCAGUCACAGGAUCACAAAUCACUAAACAAUCAAAACUCCUACAACCAAAACCAACGCAAUUACCAAACCUACGAGGUUCCACCCGGUGGUUACAACCAAAGCCAAGGCUACCAGACCCCAGCAUACAGUCAGAACUCUGGUUACAAUCAGAACCAAACUGGUUACGACCAGAACCGAGGGGGCUAUUCCAGCCAAGGUGGUUAUGGCGGUUAUAACCAAGGUUACGAUAGUGCUGGAGGCUUUAACCAAGGAUACACUACACCAGGCUUCAAUAAAGGUUACCAGAGCCAAGGUCAGAAUUACGGGCCAAGUCGCUACCAGAACGAGCACGACGACCGCGACCGGCGAGGUCGUGGAGGCUUCAGGGGUCGUCGCUAG